GCAGGAACAUUGGCAGGACAAGGCAACUCACCACCAAAGAUGGAUUUUUUGCCACACUAUUGGAAGAGCAAAGUGCCUGUGUUAGUUAUGUGGACGAGGGAUGGUCUGGUGGGAGAACAGAAGGGCGAUACAUACGUUGUCGUAGGUGGCACAGUAGCCUUGGUGGUGAACAUCGGUGUAGCCAGCGAGAGCAAGGCAGCAGCAGCUGAGGACGAGGCAGAAGAAGAAGCAGCGUCUCAUCGUUGUGGUUGAAGAGCAAGAAGGAACUGCAGUGGACCUGGAGUGAAGCUUUAUCUGAGAUAAGCGCUGGAGCAAGCUUCGGCCCAGAGCCGAGUCGGUGGAGGAGAGCUGCUGCUGCUGAAAAGACUCCCGAGAGUGCUGAAGCAGCUGCUGUUCCUUCCCAAUCGCCACCAUGAAAGACAAGUCUGAUUCUCGUCCCACCAUCUUCCAGCACCUCGACUCGCUCUUGAGCUCUAAGAGCAGCAAGGUUUCGCAGUCGCAGAUCGAGAACGAAGCCCAGGAGAUCUUGAACAACACACUCACAUCCACCACAACACACUCCAGCUCAGUCUACGAUGACAAUGUCAAUGAGCCUGCCAACUACGAGAACCUGCUUUCUCGCUCCAUCUCCCUCAGCACAAACCAAAAUCCUGACGCCUUGUCGCUUCCUGCCUCGAAAAUCCAGUUCAAUGCCUUGAAAAAAUCAAAUAUCUCAACCUUGGGAAAUGGCAACCUCUCGCUUGCUGUUUUUGAUACCUUCAACGACGAUGCCAAUGCCAGUUAUUCUCGCAAUGUCAGCAACAGCUUUGCCAACAUCAAUUCCAUCAGUGGCUCUCCAAUGCAAAAUGACGGUUUCAAUCCCCACCACUCCAGUCUCAUUCAAGAUAACAACAACAGCGCCAGUCUCAACAAUAACGAGCAUCUAAAUAUCCAUCCUAUGAGCCAAAAAAAUCUUGAUUAUAACGCCGAUAAAACAAACUCAGAGUUUUCUCAGAAUAACAAAGUUCCUGCUGCUGUUGUUUUUAAUGAUUCAAAUCAACUUUCUAACUACCCUAUUGUUGGCCAACCCAUUGACUUUGAAAAUAACCGAAAUCCCAAUAUUUUCAUCAACAAUCGCACUGAUAACAACAACAACAACAACAACAACAAUAAUAACAUGAGUAAUAAUAUCAACAACUACAAUAAUGGAUUUAUCAACACUCUAAAUACUCAUUCUACCACUUCCGCUCCUUCAAAAAGUAAAUUAUACAUUAGCAGUCCUCAAUUGUCAGACUAUGAACUAUCAAACGUUUCCAAUCCAAUUCUUAAAAAUGCUUUGAGUAAUCAAAAUCUAAACUCCUCUAAUUUGAACAAUGCAUUCAACAACCCAGGCUUUGCUAAUGAAAACGCAGCCAACCCUAUUCCAAACAACGAUAAUAGCAAUAUCAUCAUCGAUAAUAAUGAUGCAAAGAAUACUUUACUGAACAACAAUUCUAAUAUUAACAAUUUCAAUGGCAAUCUAGACACCAAUGGAGAUGCAAAUUUAGUUGCAAAUCCCGUUGAAUUAAAUAAUAAACUCAGCUCCAUACCUUCCCCGAAUGAUGAUUAUAUCUCACAAACACUAGACAUUCUUAAAACAAAUCAAAACAACCAAAACAACCAAAAUAAUUUUAUUUCAAGCCCCAUUAGUGAGAUCAGGUUUAUAGACUCCCUAUCUCCCAAAAGAUCUUAUCAAAGACCAAUGUCUCCUUCCAUGUCAAGAGUGGGCUCUGUUCGUGAGUCAAAACUAAGUAACUAUUCCAACAGAAGAAGAACUUUGAGCGUCAACAGCAGAGAUGAGCGAAAUUUCAAUCUGAACACCAUUGAUGCAAACUUAAAUUUUCCCAAUGAAAAAGAUGAAAACAACAACAUCACCACAAACAUCAUCUCAAGUAACAAUCCUCCAACUAAUAAUAUUAUUAACGACAAUUUCAGUCUAGAAAAUGUUCCAUACGCCAACGAAAAAAAAAACAACGAAUUUCAUCAAACUUUUAAAAAAUUACCCCCAAAUGAAAGAUUGCUAGAAGACUAUGUAUGUGCUCUAUCAAAGGAGAUUAUAAUUCAAGGCAAAAUGUAUAUAUCUGAAAGACAUAUCAGCUUCAAUUCUAAUUUGUUUGGUUUUGUCACAAACUUAUCAAUUCCAUUUUCAGAAAUUUUGCAAAUUGAAAAGAAAUCAACCGCCCUCUUAUUUCCAAAUGGAAUGGUAAUAACUACUUUGCAUGCUAGAUACAUUUUUGCAUCUUUUUUGCAAAGAGAUGGUGCAUUUGAUUUUAUCACCUCUGUAUGGAACCAGGUGCUAAAAAAGAACCCAAAUAGGGUGUCUUUUCAAAACCAAGAAUAUUCAGAUAUGGGUGAAAUUAGUGGUGACGAAGAAAACCAAGGAUCUGAUAAUAACAAUCUGGCUCGAAUCAACAGCGACUCCAAUAUCAAUGACGAAUUUAUUGAUGGAAAUGGCUACGAAUCUGAAAUAAGCAGCGAUGAAGAUAUGAUCACAGAUGACGAUGAAGAAAACAAUAAUCAAUCUUUGAAUAAGGCAUCCAAUUCGGAUUCACUGAACUCAACUUCUUUCAAUGGUUUACCCUUAGUUGGUCCAUUAACCCACCAACCUACAACUAAUCGCUACACCAAACAAAACGGGGACACCCAAAUCACAAAUACUGAGUUUAAUGCACCUGUUGGAACAAUAUACAGCUUAUUAUUUGGCGACGAUACCACUUAUCUCAAGAAUAUAUUAGUAAAAGGGAAAAAUUUCGAGUUUUCCCCCAUCCCUGCAAUGUCAAAGAAUCCAGAGACAAAUUCUAAAGAGAGAAAAUAUAACUACAUCAAACCAUUAGGUGGUGCAAUUGGUCCCAAACAAACUAGAUGUAACAUUACUGAAACGGUUGAAAAAUUUGAACCUGAUAAUUUAAUCCAGGUUUUACAAGCGACACAAUCACCAGAUGUACCCAAUGGCAGCGUCUUCACUGUUAAAACUAGAUUUUAUUUGAACUGGGCUCCAAACAAUAAAACUAAUAUGUUGGUUAUCACUUUCAUAGAAUGGACAGGGAAAAGUUGGAUCAAAGGUGCCAUUGAAAAAGGUACUAUUGACGGUCAGAAUUCAUCAAUCGGGUUAUUGGUUGAUGAAAUUAAUAGUAUACUAUCGAGCUCAUCAUCUUCAGGAGGUGGAAAAUCCGGCGAUAAAAAACGGAAAAAUAAGAGAGGUAGAGCCAGAACAGAGAAAAUUGAGCCUGUUGUUGAAGCAUUACCACCACCACCUCCUUCAAAGGAAUCGCCAUAUGCACUUCUACUAAGAUCUCUAGCCGAAAUCAUUGAAGGUAUACCCUUGCCAAUUCCUGAUUUUAUCAAGGUGCCAUUAUUCGCGGUUAUUAUGAUAAUUGGGUUUUUGUAUUGGGUUUUUAAAAGCAAAAAGGCAACCGGCUUUGAUAGUUUUAACAAUUUAAAUCAAAUCACGAUUUUCAGAAAUAUCGAUGGACUAGACUACACCAUCAUCCCCCCAGCUUCAAAGAUGAGUAGCAACAACCAGUUGUACUUCGAGUCAUUGGUUGAACUUUGGGAAUGGAUCGAUGAUCGUCUUGAAUUUACCGGAGAUCCUAAUGAUGGGUUACUACAACAUAAAACCGAUACUUGGAAAAAACAGUAUAUUAUGAUGAAUAGAGACAAGUUAUCUAAUGCUCAGAAAGAAGCCAUUCUUAUAGCAGGAAAGAAGGAAAAGUUGAAUCAAUUGUCGAAAAAAUACACGAAACAAGAGAUCCAAGAGUAUAUCAAGUUAACUGAACUAAGACUAGAUCUGAUUCGAACUCAGAUGAAUUUAAUUUAAGUUUCAAGUGGAAAUCAAUUCCAACUACAUUUCACUUCUUCAGCUGUAUUUUUAUUCGUUUUAUGAACGCCAAUUUUGCUAAAAAGAUAUCCAUUUUAUUGUUUUCCCAGCCAUCCCGAAAGUAUUCCAUUAUAAUUUUUAUCAACUCCAUUAUUCUUUAUGUAGUGGUUUUUCAUAAUAUUAGCUUAUAUUUACUAAAUAAUUUAAUUAAUAACCUUACCCUUUUUAGUCUGUUAUUUUGAUAU